AUGUCCGGAUCGAAAGCUCCCGUCCGGGAACCCACGCCAACUCCUGGCUCACCCCCGAAAAUCACAACGGCGUGCCCUCCUUCGCCCUUCGCCCCUCUUGAAACCUAUUCGUACUUUACCCCACACUUCAAAAACAUACAACACCGCCCUCGGCCAAAGCCUGUUCUAUCCCCGCCACCAACACAACUGUACCCGACAUCCACCACACCAGUCUUCACUCCCCAGUCAAUACAACCCCCGACCCUACGUCAAGGCGACAACCUGGCCCAAUGGAUCUCUCUAGCAGAGCCGUUCUUAGAGUUGAUCCCCGAAAACUUCAGGAAGACCACACUUAAAUCCCUCCUCGCCCCCGAACUUGUAUACAAGGUAGAUGGGCUGGCUCCCUCUCCUUUCUGCGCAUUCGAGGAAUACUUCGGCGCCCUUAAACAGAUUUUCCAGUCAGAGUCCAGCCAGGCCGCGGAACAACAGCGGUUCUUCAAUAGAACCCAGCGGGAAGGUGAGACCCUGCUGAAUUUUUAUAUAGAAUUAAAACACCUCUCGUUUCGCGCCUUUCCACCUCACGGCGAGGAAGAUCUAACGUUUUGUCGCAUGAUGUCGGGCAUACGCGACCGUGAACUAGCGUUAAUCUUCACCAGCCGCCCACCGGCCAACGUCAAGGAGGCUCUUGACUUGGACUCGGCGCGCCGCACCCAAUUCCCCUUGGCGCAAGAACCUCAAGCCACCAGAGAUCCAACUACUUGGGGUCAUCCACCCAACCUCCCAGGCCGGUCCACACCCUACCACACUACUUUAAACCGACGUUUCUAACCCCCCAGGCUCCCAGGCCCGCCAAACAACAAUCACUGUUACUACUGCGACCGUUUCGGCACAGCUGCCAAGAAAUGCGGACACAACUCAGGUAACCAGCCCUUUCUCCUAGCCGCUUUAUACACCCUCCCCUCUGAUUUUAAGCCAUUGACAAUCUCGGGCACAGUGGCCAAUAAGAGAGUCAGCAUCCUUAUAGACACGGGCGCAGCCGUCUCCCUGAUGCACGGUAGCCUCCUCCACUGAACAAACUACAUUCAGUCGGCAUUCCCUCAGCUACAGAUUCUCACCGCCAACAAUUCCACCCUCCAGCUUAGCGGCUCCGCCACAGUUCCAGUCUCCAUCAAAGACACGACUAUCCGACAUUGCUUCCUCGUGUCUUCUGAACUGAAAUGGAAUGUCAUACUCGGCUGUGAUUUUCUAAAACGACAUGCCCAGGCUAUUACCUACUCCCCCACUUCUCAGUCCCUGAUCCUCAAAGACGACGAGGUAACCGUGGACGUAAACAGUGUCGAAAUCGAUACACGACCACCCCUCGACCCUUCCUCCAUCGAAGAUAUCCUACCGGAUAACAUAUCGGCAGACGAUCGCGGCGCCCUAUACCACGCGUUGGCACCGUUCACAUCCGUGUUCACAUGGGCAGACCAGGCUAUCGGACGGUGCAACGUAGUCCAACACCGGAUAAACACCGGAUCCGCCCCUCCACAGCACCUCCCUCCCCGACGGAUACCCUUCCACUUUCGGGAAGAACUCGAUAAGAUGGUAGAAAACAUGCUCCAACAAGGCAUCAUUCAACCUUCCUCCUUCCCGUGGGCAGCGCCGGUAAGUCUGGUUAAAAAGAAGGACAAUUCCCUUCGUCUCUGUGUUGACUACAGACGCCUCAACGCGGUCACGGUCAAAGAUGCCUUUCCUCUUCCCCGUAUGGACGACCUCGUAGCUUCUUUGGCAGGGAAGAAAUUCUUCUCUACCCUUGACCUCUCCUCAAGCUACUGGCAAAUCGAAGUACACCCAGAAGAUCGCGCAAAAACCGCCUUUUCCCUGCCCUUGGGACUCUUCGAGUUCACCACACUAUCUAUGGGCCUAGCCAAUGCAGCGGCGACCUGCCAACGCCUCAUGCAGAAAUUACUGAAAAACCUCUGUCCAUCGAAGUGCCUUGUUUACCUAGACGACGUCAUAGUGUGGGGUACCACGAUAUCAGAACUGCUAGACAACCUUUCAGAAGUCCUAACGAGGUACCAAGAUGCCGGUCUGACACUCAAUCCAAAGAAGUGCAAGUUCCUCCAACCAGAAAUUCGCUUCCUCGGCCACAUAGUAAGCCGCGAGGGCCUCAAAACGGACCCUGACAAGAUCCAGGUGGUCAUAGACUGGCCACAGCCGGUCAACCGAUAUGAAGUCCGCUCUUUCGUGGGCCUAGCAGGAUACUACAGGGCUUUCAUACCGUCGUACGCUCGCCUUGCCUUCCCUCUCACGAGACUGACCGAGAAGUCCCGACCAUUUAAGUGGACAACCGAGUGCGAGGACGCAUUUUCACACCUCAAGGAAGCCCUUACCGCCGCCCCCGUUCUCAGUUUUCCCGAUCUCAGUCGUGACGGACCCACAUUUGUCCUAGAUACAGAUGCUAGUAGUCACGCCAUAGGAGGAGUACUGUCGCAGACAGACACCGAUGGCAGAGAGCACGUUAUACAGUACGGCAGCCGUACGCUUGAUAAGUCGGAACGAAAUUAUAGCGCCACACGGCGAGAGAUGCUAGCUCUAGUCUCCUUCACCAAGAAAUUUGCUGCGUUUUUAAAAGGCAAACCCUUCAUCAUCAGGACGGACCGCUCAGCUCUGGAGUGGCUACAGAAUUUCCACGAACCGGAAGGACAAAUAGCAAGGUGGCAGGAAAUGUUGGCGGAUUUUGACUUCACCGUCGUACAUCGCCCUGGGAAGCAACAGCUUAACGCGGACGCACUAUCGCGAAUUCCCAUGCGUGAGCCCCACAGCUGCUCCUCUUGCCAAGAUCUCGACGUUAAUGCUCUGUCGGUGACCACUUCGGCGGUGAACUGGGCUAACCUACAAGCCAACGAUCCAGAUGUCGGUCUCAUCUACGACCGAUUUAUGCGAGGUUCCAUCAAACCGUCGAAAAAUCAGAUGUCCGGAGAAAGCCGUGAAGCACAAACCCUGUGGGCCUCCUGGCAAAACCUUCUUAUAAGAGACCGAGUACUUUUCUUCAAGUAUGACCCCCAAUCCCCGACCCGCCUCGUCUUCCCUCCGGCUCAUACACGCAGUGUCUUACGGGAGCUACACCUCCAACUGGGCCACGCGGGACAAGGCAAACUGGAAAAGGCGGCGAGGCGUCGCUUCUGGUCACCUAAUCUUCGUCAAGAUGUGGCACUCAUAUGCCAAGAGUGCGGAGUUUGCGCGCGAUUUAAACAUCCCACUCACAAUCCCAGAGCACCGUUGCAACCGAUUUCCACCGGCUAUCCUAAUCAGCGCCUUAGAGUCAACAUCGUAGGCCCCUUCCCACAAUCACGGAAGGGUAAUCGAUACCUUUCAGUGAUGGUCGACUUUUUCACAAAAUGGGCGGAAGCAGCUCCCCUACCCGACCAGACAACGACAACGGUCGCAGAUGCGAUCAUGAGUACGUGGGUUGCCCGUUUCGGGGUGCCGGAUGUUAUUCACUCCGACCAAGGUGCCAACUUUGAAAGCCUCUUAGUACAUGAACUGUGUAGUCGACUCGGCAUACAGAAAACGAGGACCACAGCUUAUCACCCACAAGGAAACGGACAGACGGAGAGAACCAACAAAUCUAUUUUGUCUCUAUUACGAGCGUUCACAGAAUCGGCCAACAACGACAUCUGGGACACCCUCAUUCCCCAUUGUCUCCUAUCCUACCGCAGUCCCAUACACAAGUCAACGGGCUUCACUGCCGCUAUGUUGCCUUAUGGCCGCGAACUUCAACUCCCUUUGGACUCCUAUCUACCUACCCCACGACCCGAGUUCUCAACGCCCCCAUCCUACAUUACGAGACUGAUAGAGAUCCACCGAGAAUGUCAACGACUGGUUCGCACACACCUGCAGGAAGCUCAACUAUCACAAGCCUGCUUUUACGACCGACAAAGACACGGUUCACUGUUCCAACCAGGCGAUGCGGUGUGGCUUCACAGGGAUAAUCCUCCACCGGGACAACCUAGCAAAUUCCACAAUCCGUGGUCCGGCCCCUUCUCCGUCGUCCAGUGCUUACCCAACAACGUUUAUCGAAUACGUGAGGCCGACAACCCGAACACCCUCAUAGUCCACUUUACCAGGUUAAAGGCGGGUCAUCCCCUCGAACCCCCUGACCCACCUCUCAUAAUCUCUAGUGACAAUAUCCCCGUUGGUGAAACCGUCGAAGUUUCUUCCUCCAGCCACUGA